GAGAAAAUGUUGGGUUGAUGCAAGCCUUAGCAGACGCCGGUUCCUCGCUUCGGUAGCCUGCGGGCGGUACUUGUACUUGUGUAUGAUUAGGGUACUCAGUUUUGCUUUGUACCCGGCCAUACAACUCGAAGUGGCAGGUUGUAUCCGGUUGGAGUUUGUUGAAAAAGGUAUUUUAUUUUUCUAUUACAAAGAGAGUGCAAAGGGGUAAAAUUUAGUCUAACCGGAGACAGAAUUUUAGCUUGUUUUUGACUGUUUUUCGAGUUUUUUUUUCAUUUUUAAGAUAAAAGAUGACUUAUUCCUUAUAUUCUAAUUCAUUUACCACUCAUUUAUACUUCAAAUUUUUAAAAAGAAUAUUAUUAUCUCGUUCAUUUUGUUCAGACAUUUCAACUCCCCAAAAAGACCAUCAACAACUUUCAACAGUAAAUUUGGCUUACGAUUUACAUUUGGGCACUUUUAAACGAAAUGAAGAUAAAAUCGAAGCAACAAAUCCAUUAAUUAUUACACACGGCAUUUUUGGGCAUAAACAAAAUUGGCGUUCAGUGGCUAAAGCUUUGCAAAGGGAACUUGAUAAUUUUGUGUUUGUUGUCGAUAUGAGAAAUCAUGGAGAAUCUCCGCAUACCUCAGAAUGUAGUUAUCAGCUAAUGGCCGCGGAUUUACGUGAAUUUAUUCGAAAAGAAGUUUUGAGCCGUUCUAGAUUUAAAACUGUUUUUUUGCUUGGGCAUUCAAUGGGAGGGAAAAUGUCUGCAGAAUUUAGUUUGCAGGAUGCUGAGUCUUCUACCCCUCUACUCGAGAAAUUAAUAAUUGAAGACAUUUCCCCCACCAAAACUUCAACUCCAACUUCAAAUAAUUCUGAAUUUAUUAAUGCUUUAAAAUCUGUGGAUUUGCACCAAACUAGGUCUGAAAUUGAUAAAUAUUUGAAAAAGCAAAUUGUUGAUGAUGAUAUUAGAGCUUUUCUUUUGACGAAUUUGUUUAAACCGAGAGGUGGCCCAUUCCAUUGGCGAUGUAAUUUAACUUCAUUAGAAUUAAAUUUAGACCAUUUAUUAAAUUAUUCAAUUAAAAUAAAUAAUUUACUAAAACAAAAAUGCCCAACUUUAUUUAUUGCUGGAAAGAAGUCUGAAUAUUUAAUUGUGGAGAGGGAUAAAGAAGAAAUUAUGAAAAUAUUUCCAAAUGCUGAAUUUGUGGAAAUUAGAGGUGCUGGACAUUGGGUACAUUCAGAAAGACCAGCACUUUUUGUGCAACAUGUUGUUGAAUUUUUGAAGAAAGGGUAUUUUACUUUUGAACAAGAAAAAAUCAUUUAA